GUGAAAAUCCAGCGGAAGUGUUGUUCCCUUUUAUUCCGGUUACCACCACUUGAAACUGGUAGUGCAAUUUCGUUCCGCGCUGUUCUGGUCCAGAAGGCCAAAUAGCGAAAGCAUCAUGCUGCGACUUCCAAGUGUCGGCCGUGCUCUCGCUGGAGCUGCCAAAGGCGGCUUGGCUCCUUGCAGCACCGUGAGUACUCCAGUGCGUGCUGCAAGUAACAUGGUGGAGGUGUUUGUUGAUGGGAAGUCCAUUGAGGUGGAGCCUGGGACCACUGUCCUGCAGGCCUGUGAGAAAGCAGGAAUCCAGAUUCCUAGGUUCUGUUACCAUGAGCGUCUCUCAGUCGCUGGCAACUGUCGUAUGUGUCUUGUGGAGAUUGAAAAGGCACCAAAACCGGUGGCUGCUUGUGCGAUGCCUGUCAUGAAGGGCUGGAACAUCCUCACUAACUCAGAGAAGACCCGCAAAGCCAGAGAGGGCGUGAUGGAGUUUUUGUUGGCAAACCAUCCACUCGACUGCCCCAUUUGUGAUCAGGGUGGCGAAUGUGACCUGCAGGAUCAGUCCAUGCAAUUCGGGUCAGACCGGAGCCGUUUCACAGAGUCCAAGAGAGCUGUGGAGGACAAGAACAUCGGACCACUCAUUAAAACCAUCAUGACUCGCUGCAUUCAGUGCACACGAUGUGUCCGUUUUGCCAGUGAAAUUGCUGGGGUGGAGGACCUUGGCACAACUGGCAGAGGGAACAACCUGCAGAUUGGUACUUAUGUGGAGAAGAUGUUCCUGUCUGAGAUGUCUGGGAAUGUUAUUGACAUCUGCCCAGUUGGAGCACUCACUUCCAAACCGUAUGCCUUUACUGCACGGCCAUGGGAGACCAGGAAGACUGAGUCGAUAGAUGUUUUGGAUGCAGUUGGCUGCAACAUCGUUGUGAGCACUAGAGGUGGAGAAGUAAUGCGGGUACUUCCAAGACUGCAUGAGGACAUCAAUGAGGAGUGGAUCUCUGAUAAGACCAGAUUUGCGUACGAUGGAUUAAAGAGGCAACGCUUGACUCAGCCAAUGGUGAAGGAUGAGUCGGGUCAGCUCACACCAACCUCUUGGGAAGACGCCCUUUCUCGUGCUGCCGGAGCACUGCAGGGUGUGAAGGCCUCUGAAGUCGCCGCCAUAGCCGGUGGCAUGGCUGACGCUGAAGCCCUGGUUUCCCUCAAAGAUCUUCUCAACAGACUGGACUCUGAGAACCUGUGCACUGAGGAGGUCUUCCCCAUGUCUGGAGCAGGCACUGACCUGCGCUCCAACUACCUUCUGAACACCGGCAUUGCUGGCAUCGAAGACUGUGAUCUGCUGCUCCUGGUAGGAACCAACCCACGCUAUGAAGCUCCCCUUUUCAAUGCCCGAGUUCGCAAGAGCUGGCUUCACAAUGAGCUGCGUGUUGCUCUUGUGGGUCAUGGUGUUGAUCUGAACUACACCUAUGACCAUCUGGGAGAGGAGACCUCUGUGCUGAAGGAGCUGGCCAGUGGGACACACCCCUUCUGUCAGGUCCUCUCAGCUGCUAAGCGUCCAGUUGUGGUUGUGGGCAGCAGUGCCUUGCAGAGAGAAGAUGGAGCCGCCAUCAUGAGUGCUGUGUCCACCAUUGCUCAGAACGCCAGAAGCAGCAGCGGUGUGGAGGAAGGCUGGAAGGUCCUCAAUGUGCUGCACAGAGUGGCCAGCCAGGUGGCAGCUUUAGAUCUGGGCUACAAGGCUGGCGUGGAGGCCAUCAGGAAGAAUCCACCCAAGGUUCUGUUUCUACUAGGGGCUGACAGCGGCUGCAUCAGCCGAGCGGACCUGCCCAAACAGACCCUGGUCAUCUAUCAGGGUCACCACGGUGACGUCGGAGCACCCAUGGCUGACAUCAUUCUCCCCAGCGCCGCCUACACUGAGAAAAAUGCUACUUAUGUUAACACUGAGGGGCGGAGCCAACAAACCAGGGUGGCGGUCACGGCUCCGGGAAUGGCCCGGGAGGACUGGAAGGUGAUCAGGGCUCUGUCGGAGCUGGCAGGAGUGACCCUUCCCUACGACUCACUGGAGGAGGUCAGAUCCAGGCUGGCUGAAGUCUCUCCUAACCUGGUCCGCUACGACGACGUAGAAGAGGCUAAUUAUUUCAAACAGGCCAACGAGCUGUCGAAGACUGUGAAGCAGGACCUGAUCGCUGCUCCUCUGGUCCCCCCUCAACUCACAGUCAAAGACUUCUACAUGACAGACUCCAUCAGCAGAGCCUCCCAGACCAUGGCCAAGUGUGUGAAAGCCGCCACGGAAGGAGCCGCCGCAGUCGAAGAACCCUCCAUCUGCUAAACAUCCAUCCGCAGCAAUAGUUUCUCCAGUCUCAGAAGCAACUCUUCCACACAGUCGCUCCUUGUAUUUAAUGUUGUCACUAAUGCCAGUUCUGAACUCCUGUCCUUCCGAAGAGCGAGCUUUGUUGAAUAAAGCUUAUACGCAUUUAAAUAUAAAUAAAGUCCUAAUGAUCUGAA